CUCAUUUGGUUAUCAGAGUUAAGAAAAUCGCAGCGUCAAUCGGACUUAUCAGUUGAUUGCUUAAUCGGAGCGUCAAUCGCAGCGUUAAUCGAACUUUUGCUUAAUCUUCCUCGCUCUCGACUGCUUCUCCUUCGUACUCGGCGCCGUAAGGUAGGACUGGACUGGAGCUCAACAUAUCAGUCUUUCGUAUUCUUUGUUGGAUCUAUUCUUCCAAAUUAUCAGCCUUUCCGUGAAAAAUGGAAAUUCUGGAUAAAAGUUGGAUGCCGAGAUCAUCAACAAUAUAUGAUAGGCGUUGAACAAUUUCUAAACUUUGCUCAAUGCACUACUGGAAGGGAAAAGAUUGUGUGUCCUUGCGUUAAAUGUGCAAAUCGACAAUAUGAGAGUGUUAAUGUUGUGAAGACGCAUCUUAUUAUACACGGUAUAAGAAAUGACUACGAUUUUUGGUGUUUUCACGGUGAAAGGAGGUCCACAAAUGAUAUUGUUGAUGUUGAUGUUGUUGAUAAUGAUAAUGAUGACGAAUCAAAUAACGAAGAUGAUGUUAACGAGAAUAUUAUAGAAGAGAAUACAAUGUUUACCAAAGAAACUUUUAACUAUGGUGAUGACCAGUAUAUGGAAGAUAUUCUCAAUGAUUUGUAUCCUAACAUAAAAACACUCUAGUUCUGAAGAUUCGGUUGACGGUGAUAAAACAUUCUACAAAUUGAUGGACGAUUCAAAGCAGCCUUUGUAUGAAAGGUUCUCGAAUUUCAACGGCUUCCACCUUAUUGAAGUUGCUUCAUAUUAAAAAUGUUGGUCAAUGGACAAAUACAUCAUUCGACCUAUUGCUAAAUUUGCUCAAAGAUGAGAUUUUACCAGUAAAUUCUCAUUUACCUAAUUCUUAUUUUGAGUGUAAAAAAUUUAUUACAGAUAUCGGUCUUACAUAUGAAAUGAUCGACGUCUGUAGUAAUAAUUGUAUGCUUUAUCGUAAGUUGGAUAAUGAUCUGCAACGUUGUAAGGUGUGUGGCAUUUCGAGAUGGAAGAUUGAUAAGUCAAGCGGUGUAGUUCGAAAAAAACAGAAUGAAAAACACAUUCCAGUUAAGGUGUUAUGCUAUUUUCCAUUAACAACAAGACUGCAAAGGUUAUAUAUGUCUUCAAAAACGGCUUCACUAAUGAGAUGGUACAAAGAUAGUCGAGUAGACGACGAAGUCUUGAGGCAUCCUGCAGAUUCUAUGACUUGGAAGUCGUUCGAUAAACACUAAACUGUUUUCUCCUCAAAGCCCUGAAACGUAAGACUUUGUUUGGCUAGUGAUGAGUUUCAACCAUUUAUUAAUGGAAAACAACCGUUCAACAUUUGGCCGGUUGUUAUAAUACCAUACAAUGUACCGCCGACAAUAUGCAUGAACUCAAGUAAUUUCAUGUUAUCCAUGUUGAUUCCUGGUCUUAAAAGUCCCGGUAAUGCGAUCGAUAUUUUUCUGCAACCGUUGAUUGAGGAAUUGCAGGCCUUAUGGCAUACAGGUGCUCGAACUUUUGAUGCAUCAACUUCAGAAUAUUUUAAUAUGCAUGCUGCAUUGUUAUGGACUAUUAACGACUUUUCUACAUAUGAAAAUCUAUCCGGUUGGAGUACUAAGGGAAAAUUUGCUUGUCCGUGUUGUAAUAUUGACACCGCUUCAAUGAGAUUGACAAAUUGGCAAAAAGAGUGUUAUAUGUGUCAUAGGCGUUUUCUUCCCCCUAAACACAAAUUCCGAAAAGAACGUGAUACUUUUGACGGUAAUACAGAAUAUCGAAUGGCCCCCCCUACUAUUGUCAGGUACGGAAGUCUAUAUGCAAGCUCGAAAUUUAAAAGACGUUGUUUUAAGUAAACAUCAUUCAAAAAGAAUGAAAAUAUGUAAUGUGCGAGGAGAUAAUUGGAACAAAUUAUCUAUAUUCUUUACUCUACCAUACUGGAAAUCUUUAUUGUUGAGACAUAAUCUAGAUGUCAUGCAUAUUGAGAAAAACAUUUGCGAUAGCAUUAUCGGAACAAUGAUGGAUGUGAAAGAGAAGACGAAAGAUGGACUGAAGGCUCAAAAAGAUUUACAAUUGAUGGGCAUAAGACAUUCAUUACAUCCCGUUGAGGUCGAUGGAGUUCUCCAAUAUCCUGUUGCCCCAUACGCACUUUCUCCUAGUCAAAAGAAAAAAUUAUGUGAAUUUUAAAAAAAAUUAAAGAUGCCAGAAGGAUUCUGUUCUAACAUUGCGGACUGUAUUGACUUGAAUGAAAAGAAGAUUCGGGGUUUAAAGAGUCACGAUUAUCAUAUUAUAUUAGAAUAUCUUCUUCCUCUAGCGACACGUGGCUUAAUUCCAGAAGAUGUCUAUGAUGCAGUUGUGAAUCUAUCGAAGUUUUUCCGGUUAUUAUGUUAUAAGUCGUUGAAUAAAUGUGACUUGGACCAACUUCAACUUGAUAUUGUUAUAACGUUAUGCAAGCUCGAAAAAAUAUUUCCGCCAUCUUUUUUCGACAUAAUGGUUCAUUUGCCCGUACAUCUGGCGUUCGAAACUUAUCUUGGAGGACCCGUACACUAUCGAUGGAUGUACCCUAUUGAGCAGUACAUGGGUACAUUGAAGAAUUAUCUUAGAAAUAAUUUUUUUUCAGAGGGUUCAAUCAGUGAAAGCUAUCUGGUGAAUGAAAGUAUUAGCUUAUGUGCGAGAUAUUUGGAAGAUCAAGAUCCUCCGCGUACUUCAGUGCGAGAUUCAACACUAUCUGUAUUUAUAUGUUUGGAAGAGUUAUCAAAGGGAAUUAGUUACACGUACGAACCGGGUGAUCGAGAGAGGGCUCAUUCAUACAUAUUAAAGAACUUUUCGGAGGCAGAAUCUAUUUACAAUGAGUUCAAACGAGAAUAUGAUAAUCAUUUCAUACCAAUUGAUGAGCGUGAUAGAUGUUACAUAGCCUAUUUCAAGACAAAAAUUUUUCAGCUUGGGGAAAAUAUUUCUGAGGAUCUAGAAAUAUUAGGAAGUGGUCCUACUUGCCGUGCGAAGAGAUUCGUGUCGUGUCGAGUUAAUGGAUACAAAUUCAACAUUGAGAGACACGAUGAAGGCUUAACCACUCAAAACAGUGGUUUUACAGUAUUGGGUAAUAAUGAUACUGAAACAUUGUCCUACUAUGGAGUGUUGACAAACAUUAUACAAAUCGAAUACUUUAGUGGAAGACGAGUGAUUCUUUUUAAAUGCAAAUGGUUUGAUGUCCAUUCGGGAGAUCGGAGAAUAAAAAUAGACAAACACGGGUUUAUAAGUGUUAAUGUGAACCGCACUUUGGAAAAUCAGAAUCAUAAACCGUUUAUUUUAGCAAGUCAAGCGAAACAAGUGUUUUACGUUCCAUAUAUGGCAUCAAGGCCGGGUUGGAAAAUUGUGACGACAAUAAAUUCACAUUAUUCGAACGUCUAAGUAAGGUUUCAUGAUAUUUUAUUUUAACUUGAUUAGUUAGAAUUCUGUAACAACUUUUUUUUUAUCUAAGCAAAAUCAAUCAGCGCAUGUCUGGACAGUUCGAAGAAGGAGAAUCUUUCCGGAAUCCAUUCCCUUAAGAGGGUGGCUCUAAUGAUGUAUACACUUUUCUUGAUUUUUUUUUCUCUCUGUAGUUUUCUCCAUUCUGUUUACUCUCAACUUCUAGUUUCCAUUUUGUUGUUUAGGAUUUACCAAUCUAAUA